AACAGCAGACAUCCAUUGAGUGAUCCCGGGUAGCCUUACACUCCGCAUGCAGUGGCUAUGCCAUGACCUGUGCUUCAACCCUUGCAUUCACUUCUAGCCCUCAUCUCUUGCCGCAUUGGCUACCGUUUGAAGCUUAUAGUCACAUAUCCCCAGCUGCCGAAUCUGCACAAUGUCUCUGCACGAGCCCGAAGCCCAACCUUCUCUCAAAAAGCGGCGACGCGAUUCCUUCUCCAACGCUGACCCCAAGCGCGUAAAGCGCCUGCACUCGGGCACCCAGCGACUGCACUAUCACGACAUCGGACCGAGCGUAAACGAGCUAAAAACUAGAAUCCGGGAUGUAAAGCGCCUCCUUGCUAAGAGAAUCGACGAUCUCCCCGCAGAUGUUCGGGUUGCGAAAGAGAGAGAGUUGGCAGAAUGUCAGCGGGAUCUAGAAAAGGCCGAGGUGAAGAAGCAGCGGUCAAAGAUGAUCCAGAAGUAUCACUUUGUGAGAUUUCUAGAGCGCAAACGGGCAACUAAAGAGCUCAAGCGUCUUAAGGGACAGUUACACAAACUCGAAAACGAUGACAGACUCGACCCCAAUGCCCGAGAAAAUAGCAUUGAAACCCUUAAUAGGAAGAUAAGCGCCUCCGAGAUCGAUCUCAAUUACACCAUCUACUCUCCCCUCACGGAGAAGUACAUAUCCCUGUACCCCAACGAACGCCGGAAACAACAGCCAAUGGAGCCGGAGGAAUCAAACGUCAUCCGCACGAAUUCUGGAGAGAAGCCCCCCUUGUGGUACACAGUCAAGCAGAGCAUGGCAGACGGAACGCUCGAGCUAUUGCGAGAUGGAAAGCUGGGAAUUGGGUUGUCGGGUGAAAAGAAAGAUUCGAACAAUGCUGAUGUAUCGUUGAAGAGCAACACAAUGAGUUUACUCGUGCAUAGGAAGCAGAAGAAGCCAAAAUCCAAGAUAAAAGUCGACGGCGAUGAGGAUGCGAAAAGAAGCUCCGCUAGGUCAGUGCAAGAGGGAACCAGAAACGAGAAUAAGAGAACGUCAAAAGAGGAUGUGCAAGGAGAGGAUGACGAUGCUGAGAGUGAGAGUGACGGCGGUUUUUUCGAAUGAUUGUGAAAAAGCGAAAGUAAAUGCGACCAGAAACUACCCCGGCGGUGUGAUAGGGGUGAGAGAAUUGUCUGCUCAUUGGGACCUUGCUUUCGGCAGCUUAAAGCAAGUGGGUUGAGAUGUGAAUGUGGCCAGUACCAAUGUGGUCCAUAUCUACCAACAGCUUUGGCCAAAAUCUUCGAGGGUUGCUAGGAUGUCCCCCAGAGCUUCAGUUUCGUCGAGAGAAACUUUCUCGCAGGCUUCAAUUCCUUCUACAUAUUUACCUUCUAUAUAUAUAUAUAUACAGUAGACCAGCUAAUCAGCUAAUCAGCUCCCCAAGGGUCCAGUUCUAAA